AUGAUAAAAAAAGAAGGCUAUAUUUUUUUUAAUUUCUUGCAGAGGCCCUUUCAGCUUUGACCUUUGACACCUGCAAUAUACCAUUCUGAUUGGACCGUCUGAUUGGAAGGUAACAGGUAGCUUUCCCGCUAGCUAGUAGCUUAGCUCAACCGUUAUCUCAAAGUCACAAUCAACGGACCGCGGCGUGAUGAAAUAUAUAUUGAUUUCGUGCAUUGCUUUAAGUUUAAAAAAUAGCCGUCUGUUGUCCAGUCGUUAACGUUAGCUUUCUAACGCUAAUUCUCGGGUGAAUCGCUAGCUAGCUCGCUAGCAUUAACGUGAAUCCAUGAGACAUAGCGGUUGCUAAUAUAGCAGUUUUAACAAACAGUUGAAAGGCGAUUCGACAUAUAUUAUUCUUAAACAUUCAGUUAAUUCGGCGUAUUAUUUUCAACAGAUUCCCUAAAUCAUACCAAUUUAUCAACAACAGACAGCAUGACGGGCAUUGAAGUUCAGUUUGAGGCCCAAGUUGCCUCCGACUCGCCGUCGGGACAAAGGGCCUUUGGGGUCCUGCAGGAGGACGCGAGCGGCGAGAGGGAGUCCGACUUCACGGAGGGGCUUCAGGUCACCGGGCAGAGAGAGGAGGAGCAGCCGUCGUUUUUGGCCGUCGCUGCUCUUCCGGCGCCGCCUGGCGGCGAGCACGCGCCCUGCGGCAGUGACAGCGAGGCCUGCAUCUUCCCGGGGGUCCUGUGGAGCCUGCAGUCCAUGGAGCUGCAGCUUCGGCUCCUCAUGAGCAAAGCGGAUGACCUGCACAACUUGCUUUUCGACAGUCAGCAUCAGCUGACGAGGGAGGCGCUUGCGGCUGAGGUGCGAAUCUUCCUGUACACCUGUGAGCAGUUCUUCAACGUCCUGGAAUCCACAAUCCACGCCUCCCAGAACACACUUCUGCCCUUUGCCUUUGAAAUCAAUUCUCGGCGUGUACAGCGGUUGGACUUCUCUCAGCAGCUGUGUGACAGGUUGGAGCAACUGCUGUUGACCUACGCCAGCUGUAAUGUCCUCUGUUUGGACGAGACCAACCCGAUCAGCUUGUCUCACUUCUGCAUCGGUCAGAGUCAGCUCGGCGCCCUGAGGGUGAAGGCGUUCCGCUACUGUAAGCCCACGCCGUACCUGGCUCGACUCGACACCGGCCUCUACAAGCGCAUGCGCUGGAACGUGGAGCGGCACAGAGACGAGUACGGCGAGGGACAGAUCGUCUGCGACACGGAGUAUUACUUCCUGUGCUACGAGGACAUUCCCAACAGGCACGCCGAUGCAGGCCGGGACCACGAUGGCGUCUCCCACAGCAACGUGGUGAGGAUGUGGUCCAUUGGUCAGUGGCAGCAGGUGACCCCCGAAACAGAUGACAUCGAUCACUGGGUUCUAUGCGAGGUCCCUCAGGCCAACUACCACAAGCUGUUGUACUUCGGCAGUGAGGAGCCGUCGAGCUGCAGCGCCACAGAGCACCUGCAGCAGCUGCUGUCCCACCAGGCGGCAAAGUGACGGCCGCCUCCGUCACACGUACAUCCGUCUCCGGGCCGCGGCGAGUUUCAAUCCCACAGGACGUCAAUGCGUCGUUUAUCAGAACAUCUGGAUGCCAAGUUGAACUCGCAUGACUGAUGCAUUCUGGGACUGUUGACCAGCGUUUGCCAAAGUAAUGGUUUUAUUACGUUCGCUGUUCAGUGUGGAGAAUAUUUUUAAAACAGAUUGUAGAUAUUUUUUAGGUUUUUAAAAAGUUUCCAAAUAUCUAAAUCUUUCGUUGUGUUGUAAAGUCCAGAAAAGUUAUUAAAAAAAACAUUUUAUUUACAUGAAACAUUGCAUUGAAAUAAUUACACACAAUCACAGACUUGUCGUUUAGAGGAAAUGCAGAGAACUUUACAAUUUAAAACAAGCUGCCAUGAUUUUAGGCUCCUCAAGCGUGGCCCCAUUUACUUUAACAGGUUCAUCAGCUCAUUUUCCAUUUGCUCAAGAAACCUCACCUUAGUUCACAAUAAAUUAAUAUUUAAAAAUUGUGAGAUUUCAUAUCUUUGAGUCAAGGUAACAAGUGAAGUGUGUUGGACCACAUCAUCAGCUCAUUUUCACCCAAACUGAAGAAGACUAACUUUCUUGACGGGUAAAACCGUAACAUUUACAACAAACAUCCUUCAUUCAUAUAAAAUCUAUGUACUCUUAAAGGGCUGCUAUACGUAUACAUCUCUAAAGUACAAAAUUAAAGUGGAAUUUUCCUUCAUUACAGUGAACAGUCUUGACGCCAUUUACGCACACAUGCUUACAAAAACACACGGACGGGUUAAAGAAAGCACAUUUAAAAAGUCCAGCUUCC